AUGGAGACUCUGGCAGAGACACCAUGGGAUGUGAUCAUCGCAGGGACAGGGCUUGCCCAGUCACUGCUGGCACUAGCUCUUUCACGAUCGGGGAAGAAGGUCCUCCACCUGGACAAAAACCCAUACUAUGGAGGAGCCGAGGCAGCAUUCAGUCUGGAUGAGGCCCAAGACUGGAUGAAAAGUGUCAAUCAACAUCCGGGCCAGUCUCCCUUUCAAGAUGUCACUCUCUCCACGUACCAGCAUCCUCAAGAUCCCCAUGACUCUUCUACAAGUACCCAAGGCACGCCUGAAGUCUGUCCUAAGCUCGCAGCGAGCCGAUCCUACACCCUUUCCCUCUGCCCGUAUUUCCUCUACACCCGCUCCAAACUAAUCUCUACCCUGAUCUCUUCGAAGGUGUACCGCCAGCUGGAUUUUAUGGCGGUCGGUAGCUGGUGGAUUUAUUCCCUAGAGCACUCUGAUGCUGAGAACAGCGACCUCGGUGCUACGCGUGUUCUGAACCGAGUGCCGGGCAGCCGAGAAGAUGUUUUCGCUGACACCCACAUUGCAAUGAAGUCCAAGAGGACACUGAUGCGAUUUCUGCGUCACAUCAGUAAACCACAGGAUGAGGAAAACCCCGAGGGCGACGAGGAUCUCUCGAUGUCCUUUGAGGACUACUUGACUUCCAAGUUCAGUUUCCCGCCAGAUCUCCAGAGCCCGUUGUUGUCACUGUCCUUGUCCCAGUUGCCACUGCAGGAGACCUCUGCCAACUACGCAGUAGCACGGGUCAAGAGGCAUCUGACAUCCAUCGGUGCAUUCGGGCCUGGCUUUGGAGGCGUGAUUUCCAAGUAUGGAUGCGGGUCUGAGAUCCUCCAGGUUGCCUGCCGUGCCUCCGCCGUCGGAGGGGGUGUAUAUGCCCUAGACACUGGAAUCGAGUCCUUCACAGAAAAUGAGCAUGCAGCAGGAGAAGAACCUCCAGUCAAGGCGAAGCUCUCUACCGGAGAAACUGUCCAGACCCAGUUCAUGGUAGGCUCCCUGUGGGAUCUCCCCAACCAGGAAUCGCCGUCUGCAUCUUUCGCCAGAGUGACACGGUCAAUCACCAUUGUCUCGUCGAGUUUCCCAUCGCUCUUCCCUAUCACUGUUGAGGGCGCUCCCCUACCAGCCAGUGCUGUGCUUAUGUUCCCUGGAGACACGUUGGGCAGCCCUCAAUCUCCGCCGGUAUAUCUCCAAGUUCAUUCGAGCGACACCGGCGACUGUCCCCGGCAGCAGAGUAUCAUCUACGGCAGUGUAUCUCUCGCUGGACCAGAAGGACAAUCUCUGCUUAACUCUGCGGUCGACCGACUCGUGCGAGCAGAAGGACCGCAGGCUGCCGUGCUCUGGUCUAUGCGGUAUACCCAGGUGGGGCGCCUGAGCAACGGCAGCGCCGAGCCACACCUCCACACGCUGUCUCCGCAUGUCCUCCGCAUUCCGCCGUCAGGCCUGGACUUGGCAUUUGAGGAUGACACCGUCGACGUGGUCCAAGAGGCAUGGCAGAGAAUCGUAGGCGAUGAGGUGGGCCGUGAGGAGUUUAUGGUCUUUGAUGAUCGCGAGGCCUCCGAUGAAUGA